AUGGCAGUUAUCGGUUGUGCGGCCGUCGCCGCGGCUCGCCUCUGCCGCGGCGGCUGCUGCGCGCACGCGGCGGCGCCGCUCUCUCGCGAGACGGCUGGCGACGCGGCUCGCGGCCGACGCUGGUGCCAAGGCCAACUCAACUGCCAAGGCUGGUGCCAGGGCCAAAUCAACUGCCUGGCUGGGGACUGCCAGGUAGUAGACGUCGUCCGCCGCCGCCUCCGCCACCCGCGUGCCUCCGCCCCGCGCAGCAAAAAAUCAGCAUUAUAUCAGGAGGUGCCAAAGCAGCAGCAUCUCCAUGAGGUGAGCGUCGUGCGUUUUGCCGCCGCGUGCCGCCGCUGCGCCGACUGGCUGCCGUAUCCGCUCAUCUUCUCGCGAGAGAGCGAACAGCGCUCCAAGCACGCCUCCGCCGCCGGCUCCGACGGAAUCUCCGACGGAGUCUUCACUGAGCGGCUGCGCGCACACGCCGACGAGGAGUACUCGAGCAGCGUCUGUGCCGCCGUGAGGUCGCGGCUGGGCUGGCUAGCACUAUUCCUCGUCGGCCUCUGGGGCGCCGCGUUCGUCAUCGACUGGUUCGAGCACAUGCUGCAGCGCAACGUCGAGCUCGCCCACUUCGUGCCGCUGAUCAUUGGCCACGGAGGCAACGCCGCGCGGCUCGGAUCGAACCCGGCGCUGACGUCGGCGCCGCUGAUGACCACGGUCAUCGACUCGAGCGGGCUGCUGAUCUACUUUCUCGUCGCGUGGGCGUACUACGACUUUGGCGAGGCGCACCACCUGGUUGACCAGCACCACUCGCUGCCUCACCACCACGGCGGGCGCAGCACGCACGGCGGGCAGCGCGGGCCGGGCAGUCAUCCGUUGAGGAAUCUGACGGGCUUUUAG